AUGACCCUCCGGUUGACUCGCUACUGUCGUCUUCCACUGCGUUCGUGGCGAGCCAUGAGCACUUUUUCCAGUAAUGCCAGUAUAUCUGCUGGUCAUUUACCAGAAGACCAGCCGCCCCUAGUGCCCGUAAAUAGUGCUACCAACAGUGGAGACAAUGAGCGAGGAGGUCCUAAGACGCAGGAUCAGCUGCAUCUUCGUGUUCUGAGCAGGGACGAGCACUUUGUGGUGCUGAACAAGGGCCCCGACGUGCGGAUGGACGGCGCUUUUGACGUGACAUUGGAGAAAGCGUUGGCGAGGGAUUUUCCUCAAGUGGAAAAGUUCCGAUGGAUUCAUCAAUUGGACUUUGCGACGUCGGGUGUCUUGGUUGUUGGAGUGAAUAAAGACGCGACAGCGACAGGGUGUCGACUUUUUCGCGAAAAGCAGGUGCAGAAGGAAUAUUUGGCGGUAGUAAGAGGACAUUUGCCGUUCAAUCCGGCGGAGAGCGUGGAUACCGCUGCUUUGCCUGCGAAAGCCUGCACCUUUUCGAAGUUAGGUUUGUUGAUUCAAGACAUGGAGGAGAUGGAGAGGUUGAGGAACCAGCAGCGAGGCUCCAGAGCACACCAGAAAACGCCUGGAUACCCUCGUGGAGUCCGACAUGGCCCGAACUUGUUUACGAUGGAGCAAGCUCAGCUUCUGCCUGAAGCACGGGAGUUGACACCCGCGGAGUUGGCAUUCACGAAGAUGACGUGGCACGAUUUGACGAAGGAGGAGAAGGGCGCAUACACGGAGAAGGCAAAGGCAGACAAGCGACGUUUUCUAAAGGAGUUCAGCGAGUUUCUAAAUCAGGAAAAGAUCCGACUCGCUCGCAAGCGCAAGUACGAGAGUUUCGAUGGAGAAGACAGCGAGGAAGCGAACGAGCCGGUCGCCUAUGUAUUCGACGCUCCAGUCAUUGAACCACACCGAAGUACUGGAGUCUUCCGCAUGUUGGUGGGUACUGAGACGGAUACUGCAGCCAAGCAGUCGACCACCAUGUGCUUUGUCUUGGGCCACGCAAUAUACAAGGGAGAACCUGUGACGAAGGUGUUGUUGCGUCCACUAAACGGCCGUCGACACCAACUGCGACUCCACAUGGCACACCAUGGCUUUCCUAUCGCAGGUGAUGUCACCUACGGCUCACAAGAGGAUGAAGCACCUCGAAUGAUGUUGCACGCGUGGAGAAUUUGGCUUCGCGGACGUCCGGCAGAUCAGAAAAAGUAUGGCGAUCUAUACUUCGAGAGUCCAGAUCCAUUCGACCUCAUCGUGCCAAGUGAACGUGAAGUGUGUACUAUUACAUACCACAAGCACAAGGAGCAAAAGGCAGCUGAAGCGAGCAAGGAAUCCUCAAGCCAAAGUACUUAA